GCUCAGUGGGGGCGGAGGCCCCGAGGAGCUGUCAGCGCCUCAGCGGCCGUCGGGCAGGUUCCUUCUUCCUGUGAAGAGCGGGCAGCCUCUGGGCUGCGCCCGACGGAGGAUGGCGAGCGGCGGCGGCUGCUGCGAGAGGCUGCGGCCAGCCCCGCCGCCCCUGGCCAGGAGUUGGAGAGGGAAAGCUUGUGGAGGUGAACUUGGCUGAUUCAAGGAAGUUCAGCAGAGAGCUCUUUAAAAGAUCCAAGUUGGGUUAUGGAAUUGCUCAAGACCAAAAAGUGGUGAAAAGAAAACUUUCCAAAUAAUAGAUUAAAAAAGCAGUCCACUAAAUACCAGAUCAAAUUUCUUGUAUAACUCUAAAAUUUAUUGAGAGCUGAAGUGAUUAUCAAAACAAUAUUUCCAAAACAGUAUGACUAAUUGUAAAGGAAGAUCUGUCAGCAAGAAAAGAAAUGGUAAAGCCUGUCAUGGGGAAGGGUUUGUAAAUUGGACUAUAAAUCUGAAUAAAAUUCAGUCUGACAAAUUCUUGAACUUGCUGUUGAGUAUGGUUCCAAUUGUUUAUCACAAAACCCAAGAAGAGAGACAUAAGAAAAUAAAUGGUCUCUGGCAAGAUGGAUUGCAGCCAUCAGGACAUAGUUUCAGUGUUAGGACUGAUCAACCCAUGGAUUAUCAUCACUUUUCAGAAUCAGCUUAUCAUGGGAGUAAUGGACAUAAUUCGUCAAGCUGUAGCCCAAAGUAUGACAACUUUGCAAGUUACAAUUAUUCAGAUGGAACUGACACAUCAGAAAUGGAUGCUAUGCUGCAGGACAACAAUUUAUCUAGCGACAGUGAUGAAGUCACUCCCAUUGUGGAAGGAAAUAGAAAACAGCCCAAGGAAUCUAGUAGCAUUAUGGCAUUACAGAUACUUGUACCAUUCUUGCUAGCAGGAUUUGGAACAGUGUCUGCUGGGAUGGUUCUAGAUGUUGUUCAGCAUUGGGAGGUGUUCCGAAACAUUACUGAAGUUUUCAUCUUGGUUCCCGCGUUACUUGGUUUGAAGGGUAAUCUGGAAAUGACUUUGGCAUCUCGACUAUCAACAGCAGUAAAUGUCGGGAAAAUGGAUUCACCAAUUGAGAAGUGGAAUCUAAUAAUUGGUAAUCUGGCUUUAAAACAGGUACAAGCAACAGUAGUUGGUUUUUUGGCAGCUGUGGCAGCAGUUAUAUUGGGCUGGAUUCCUGAAGGGAAAUAUCAUCUUGAUCACUCAGUUCUCUUGUGUUCUAGCAGUGUAGCAACAGCCUUCAUAGCAUCACUUUUACAGGGAAUAAUAAUGGUUGGUGUUAUUGUUGGCUCUAAGAAGACUGGCAUAAAUCCUGACAAUGUUGCAACACCUAUUGCAGCCAGCUUUGGAGACCUAAUCACGCUUGCCAUUUUGGCCUGGAUAAGUCAGGGUUUAUAUGAUUGCCUUGAGAAAUAUUAUUAUAUAUCUCCUUUAGUUGGUGCCUUUUUCUUGGCUCUGACUCCCAUGUGGAUUAUAAUUGCUGCUAAGCAUCCAGCUACAAGAACAGUCCUUCAUUCUGGGUGGGAACCCGUUAUCACUGCAAUGAUCAUUAGCAGUAUUGGUGGCCUUAUUCUGGAUACAACUGUAUCUGAUCCUAAUUUGGUUGGGAUUGUUGUUUAUACUCCAGUAAUCAAUGGUAUUGGUGGUAAUCUGGUAGCAAUUCAAGCAAGCAGAAUUUCUACUUACUUACAUUUACAUAGUGUUCCUGGAGAAUUACCAGAAGAAGCCAAAGGCUGCUGUUAUCCAUGCAGAACAUAUUGUGGCACAGGAGUAAACAAUAAAUCAGCUCGAGUUCUUCUGCUCUUGGUGAUUCCUGGGCAUUUGAUAUUUUUGUACACUAUCCAUUUAAUGAAGAGCGGUCACACAUCUUUGACCCCCAUCUUCAUAGUGGUAUAUUUGUUCACAGCCCUUCUACAGGUAUUUACCUUAUUAUGGAUUGCUGACUGGAUGGUACACCACAUCUGGAAAAAAGGGAAAGAUCCAGACAGUUUUUCUAUUCCUUAUCUGACUGCACUUGGGGAUCUUCUUGGAACUGCCUUACUUGCAAUGAGUUUUCAUUUUUUGUGGUUGAUUGGUGAUAGGGAUGGAGAUGUAGGAGAUUAAUAAUUCUGAUACCUAAUUUAUCCCAUUAAUUGCAGAUAUGAAACUAGGGACAACCACUUGACUUGUCAUUUCAUAUAAAAGAUAUUAAAAGAGUUGUUGAAUUUCAUUACAAUAACUUCAGUGUUGACACUGAUAUUAAACAGCCUUAACUUUUUUAAAACAAUAAAAAACUAAAACAAGAGGCUUCAACUAUUUUUACACUGCAAAGGUGUGUGUAAACAACCAUCUCAUCACAGGAAGAAAGGUUGGCCAUUGUUGCAUCAGGAAAUGAAAUAUAGUUGACAGGUAAUAGAACAAUGUGGUUUAACCACUGAUGUAUCUGUUUUUAACACAAAAUCAGUUUGCAUUUCAUUAGACAGUCUGGCUAUGCAUUUGAAGUCAUACAAUAGAAUGGGUUCACAACAUAAAAUAGAGAUACACAUAAUCCAAAAGAGAUUAUUUUUGCAUAUAAAUAAGAAAAACAGGUUCAAGUAAAACAUUCCACAUGGCAUUCACUUUAUUUUAACUGCUGGCAAAAAAGAAUGGAACAGCCUCUGUUCUAAAAAUUAAUCAGUUGAAAAUAGGAAAGAUGUUUCUCAUAGAGAUAAUACAGUAUCAUUGUGCAUGGACAGUAAUUAUGUUGUAUUAAUGGUUGUAACUCAAAAGAUACAUUGACACCAUUUUCAAGGGUUCUGUUUUUGUCCUUUAUUAUGAUGUAUAAAGAAUCAAGGCUGUUUAAAGAAGAAGAAAAGCAGCUUUUGAUAUGUAAUAGGGAAAUUACAAUAUAACUCCUCAAAUAACAGGUGGAUACUUUUAUUUUUUAUUUUUAGAAAUACGAUUGACUUAGUUAAUCAUGGAGAUAUUCUACCAAGACACCCAGAGUUGCUUUGGAGUCAGACACUGCCAAAAUCUCAGUCAAGCAAUCAGGCCUACUUCCCAAUUAUAUAUAGCCAACAUUAUUUCCUGAUAGGUUGCAAUUCAAACUUUUAAAUUAAUAUUUAGAAUACCAUCUCAUUGUGUAAUGAGAGGUUAAUUGUUACACUGAAUACUAUUUUUAAUCAUAGCAUUGUUGUACUAAGGAAAUUGCUUGUUUCUGGGAAAACAUUCCCCAUGUCCAGUAUAUUAAUGCUUGUUGAAUGACUGCUUUGUAGAGUAUCUUUAUGAAAUGUCACAGGUACUCUAGCUAGUUUCUGUGGUACAUUGAUGAUGAAGAGGCGUCUCCCACCAUGCACCAUUUCAUGUACUCAUGUGUUAUUUACACAAAAGAAAUCAGUAAAUAUUUAAAGCUGUUUUUGCUGUUCAUUAAUUUUUUGCUUUAGAUUUUGGGGAAAAGAACAAGAUUGCAGAAGCUUUAGGAUAUAGAUUAUUAUGAGUUGUAUACUUCAUUAAGUGUCCUGUCCUUAAACAUUAAUAUCUGUUCAAUCCCUGGCAACACAGUUUAUCCCUCACUGCAAUGGAAGCCACCAGUGAGGAUGUAACAAUUAUAAUUUAUAAUUGCUUAACUUCCAUUAAAAUCAAAUUUGGCACAUAAUUGGUUGCAUUCAAAUUACAUUGCUAUCCAGGCUACAGACGAUGUAUUUCAAAUGCAGAUACACAAAACUAUAAAAGUAAAUAAAUGCAUGGGACCCAAAUUUUCAGAUGUGGACUUCUAUUAAUAUAAACACUCUUGGCCCUAGUAUAAUUUUUUGAUGAUUAUCUUCAUCUUAAUAGUUCAAAGUACCAGCAACUAUUUAGCUUCCUAACUGAAAUUGUGUAAGUAAUUUUUCCAUACAUUAAAUUAAUGAUACACAUUUUUCAUAAUGAUGACUGUCUUGUUUAUUUCUGUGUUGGAAAGAAAAUAAGCUUUCAGAACUGGGAAAGAAAAUCAGACUGUCCUCCUAGAUUGUUUUAGUUGCUUUUAGGUUGUAAUCCAUUAGACACUUUUCAGGAAGUAGGUGAACUCUGUGAGGUCUACUUCUCAGUACAUAUGUGUAGACAUGCACUGUUAGUUUUUAUUAUCAUUAAACAAAAUGAUAUACAAAAGCAGUUGAUGAUAACCCACAAGAGACUUGGAUCUAGCAAUUAAGGAUUUAAAUCUGGUUCAGCUAUCUUAUAAGGAGUCAUGAUCUGAUGGAAAACAUUGCAGUAUUUGAAGAAUAUAGUUGAGUUGUUUCCUUGGAACCAAACAAAAUAAAAUGCCUUCUGUUUUCAAUAUAA